AUGGCGGCCCCCAGCAAAGAAGAGAUCGGUCAUGUCGAGGCAAGUUUAAGAACUGUCGGAUUGCUCAAGCACAUGGAGGCUGCCGCCGAUGACGAGACCGCGAAGUAUACUGGAGCCCCGGUCGACAUGGAUCCCGCCACCGAACGGCGGCUCUUCUGGAAGGUCUGUCGCCGCAUCCUGCCGAUCAUGCUUGUGACCUACUUCUGUCAGUCGCUGGACAAAGGGACGAUUGGAUUGAGCUCUAUCAUGGGAAUCAUUGAGGAUGCCAACCUCCAGGGUCAGCAGUACAGCUGGUUGGGAACCAUUUUGUACAUUGGCAUCCUGGCUGGAGAAUAUCCGCAGAACUAUUUACUACAAAAACUCCCUGUGGGCAAGUUUCUGGCAUGCAAUGUCCUCCUCUGGGGCUCAGUUGUUGCCUGCUCAGCCGCUUGCACCCGCUUCCAGACACUCAUGGUCGUACGGUUCUUUCUGGGUUUCUUCGAGUCUUGUGUGCAGCCGACAUUUGUCAUCAUUCAAUCCAUGUGGUUCACAAGGUCAGAGCAGACCUUGUUGACCAGUCUGUGGUACUGCCAGACCGGAGUUUCGCUCAUGCUCGGCGGACUGAUUGCCUUCGGAGUCUCUCACUUUGAAAACGGCCCGAUCUACUCCUGGCAGCUGCUUUUCCUCGUCUUGGGCUUAGCUACUGUCUUUUGGUCCGGUUGGAUUGCGUUCCUGCUUCCCGACAGCCCGAUGAGAGCUAAGUGCUUCACGGAAGACGAGAAGAAGCUCCUCCUGGAGCGUGUCCGCAAAAACGAAAUGGGUAUUCAAAACAAGGAGUACAAGCGAUACCAGGUUGUCGAGGCUCUGCUGGAUCCGUUAGUCUGGUGCUUGGUCUCUCUGAUCCUGGUUGCCAACCUGGUCAUUGGUGGACUAGGCGUCUUCUCGAAUCUCAUCAUCUCCAACUUCGGCUUCACGGUCCUCCAGACGCAGCUGCUCAAUAUUGCACAAGGCGCUCUGACUAUCUGUGUCAUGAUUGGCUCUGCUUGGCUGAGCGAGAAAUGGCAACAGACUUGUUGGACCAUGCUGUUAUGGAGCAUUCCACCAAUUAUUGGGACCGCUGUCAUAAUUGCCGUUGAGCCAACCCCAAGCAGGGCCGGAGGCAUGUUGAUCGCAUUCUACUGCACCCAGUUCUUCCUUGCGCAGGGCAACAUGAUCAUUUCACUUGUGUCUCGGAACGUCGCUGGUCGAACCAAGAAAGGCAUCGCCUUGACCGCAACAUUCAUUGCCUGGUCCGUCGGCAACCUGAUCGCUCCUCAGAUCUUCCAGCAGAAGGAUGCUCCGCGAUACAUCACAGGAUUCGUUGUCCAUCUGGUCGUCUACGGCGUGUACAUCUGUAUCAUCCUGGUCACUCGCUUCUUGUUACUGAGGAGGAAUAGGCAGAAGGAAGCAGCGAUGUCGAGCGAGGGCGUGACGCACGAUUUCGCCUUCCAAGAUCUGACUGAUCGCGAGAACCCCAACUUCCGGUAUUGCUACUGA